AAUUGGCGUUCCAGACUUGAGACAAGCCGGGAGCCAUGGCCCCUAGCAGGGGAACUCUCGCGACGAUUCUGGGUAUGGUGGCGGGCUCCUUCUGUGCUUUGGUUACGGACCCCGUGAUGCUGAGUGCCAAGCCCGUGAACGAGGUUCCAGUGCUCCUCCUGCCGCCGCUUCGUGCGCCCGCGGGCGCACUCGAUGCGCGCAUGCCGUUGCUGAGCAAUCGGCCCAUUGAUGCGCCGGGCUGGGAAGUGCACGGCUGGGAGGACUGCCCAUUGACCUCUGCUGGCAGUGGCUGUCACAUUUGCGUGGGAAGCCCCUUGCAAAUGGAUGAUGUGGAGGCGAGAAUGAUUCAAAUUGGCUACCAGAAGUCCUCAGACUUGGCCGUCCCUCGUUGCACUCCGGCUGCGCCGGCGCCACCGGCGCAGUCUGCGGCACCAGCGGCACAGCCGGCGGCACCGAUGCCCUCACCGCAGCCGGCGCCAUCGCAGCCGGUGCCAAAGGCAGAGAUGCCGGCUGUGGUCGAAAGUUUGCCAAUGACCACCAAACCCCCACGCUACGUCUUGAAUGCUGGCAAAGAUGGGCUGCCCAUCUCAGACGGGAAGCGGCCCAGCUGGUUAUUGAAGGAGGAUGAGCUGAUUCUCGAUGCAAGGAAGGUGGCAUACGGAGGCAUACUCAUCGUGCAGCCGGUGCUGAUGGAUGCCGGUGGCAGCUGGGGUCAAAACAAAGCCUCCAGACCCCGGUGGCUCCGGGCCAUCCUCGCCACCAACCGACACCAUGCCAGUGCCUUGUUCCACCCAUUUGGAUGCAGUUGGCCGAAGGGUUUGGAGGAGAUGAUGGAUCAAGCAUGGUCACACAAUCAUGCUAUAGGCAAAAUCAAAGGAGUGUUGCACAUCUUGCAACAGAUGCGCCGUCAACAGCAGCAUUAUGUGUUCCAACAAGUGCCGCUUGCUCAGGGUUGCAUGGACAUUGCAUCAUUCUACGCUGGCAGCCAACGCAGCCCCAGCUGACAAAGUGGCAGCGGAGGCAGUGCGGCAAGACUGAUGAGAAGAACUGCACCCGACAGAACGAGCGUGAAAACUUCAACUGGGAGAAGCACUUGA